GCCGGCCCAUGUCCAGAUCGCGGAUAUUUUCGUAUUGGCUACUUACCAGUCGUCGGCAAAGGGCAUCGCGCGGCCCAAGCUGCAGCAGCACAAGGAGGAGGCAGCAGCCGCCGCCGCGGCGGCGGCAGCGGGGCAGGCCGCAGGACAGGCGGCCAAGUAG